AUGGCGGCCAAAACCACCGCGAUAGACACCAUGGACAUGGAGUUAACUCAUAGAGACCAGGACGUCUCCCAAAAGAGUGGGACGGUGGUCGACGAUGAUGAGAUGCAUCGCAUGGGGAAAGUCCAAGAGUUCAAGAGAAACAUGCGACCCCUGGCAGCAUUGAGUUUCGCAUCGGUCCUGCAAGCGACGUGGGAAUAUCUUAUCAUUUCGGAUUACACUGGUUUGGAAGAUGGUGGUUUGGCUGGCAUGUUCUGGUCGUAUAUCUGGACUUUCAUUGGAUUUGGCUUCAUCAUCGCCUCUUUGGCUGAGAUGGCAUCCAUGGCGCCAACUGAUGGCGGACAGUACCAUUGGGUGUCGGAAUUCUGUUCUCCCCGACACCAGAAGUUUCUGAGUUACAUAACCGGCUGGAUGUCCGUUUUGGCAUGGCAAUCAGGAACAGCCUCUGGCUCUUUCCUCACGGGCACGAUUAUUCAAGGGUUGAUUAGUGUCCGCAAUCCCGACUAUACGUCCCCAGGCUGGCAGGGUACCCUGCUCGUCUUCUCGAUGGUGCUGGUGAUCUACAUUUUCAAUGUGUAUGCCUCGGAACUCAUGCCGAUCCUGAGUAACCUCUUGAUGAUCCUGCAUGUCCUAUCCUGGGCCGCGAUCUUGAUCGUGUUGUGGGCCAUGGCUCCCCACCAAUCUGCCGAAGCGGUCUUUGUCACGAAUUGGAAGAAUAUCGGCGGAUUGCCCACCAUGGGAGUUAGUGUGAUGGUUGGCCAAAUCUCUGCCAUUUACGGCUGCCUUAGCUCGGAUGCGUGUGCACACAUGUCUGAAGAGAUCAAGGACGCAGGUCGUAAUGUGCCAAGAGCCAUGUACUGGGGAUACUUCGUCAAUGGUAUCAUGGCUGCCAUUCUGCUGGUUGCCUAUCUUUUCGCGACUCCCUCCGUCGAAGACUCCCUGAACGAUGCGAGUGGGUUCCCCUUCCUUUACGUGUUUAAGCAAAUCACAUCCACCGCCGGAGUGAAUGCGCUUGCGUCAAUCAUCUUGCUUCCCGUGAUUUUCAGCAACAUUCUGUUCAACGCAGCCACUUCUCGGCAAACAUGGGCAUUCGCCCGCGAUAAGGGUCUUCCGUUCUCGCGGUGGAUCUCCAAGGUUGAUACGAAGCGCAAGAUCCCCGUCAACUCUAUCGCUUUGUCCUGCGUCAUCAGUUGCCUGCUUUCUCUCAUCAACAUCGGCUCCAGUACGGCAUUUAACGCUAUCAUUUCCGUGAACACGGCGGCGUUGAUGUUUACUUACACUAUUUCGAUUUCCUGCGUCAUCUACCGAAAGGUAUGGCACCCUGAGACCCUUCCUCUUCGCCGAUGGGACAUUGGGCGGGGAGGAUUGGUUGUCAAUAUCGUCGGUCUGCUCUACUGCGUCUUCGCGAUGUUCUGGUCGUUCUGGCCAACUGAGCUGCCCGUCACAGCUGACAACUUCAAUUGGAGCGUCGUGAUCUUUGGUGCCGUGUUUAUUCUUAGCCUGGUGAUGUAUGCAGUGAAAGGCAAGAAGGAGUAUGAGGGGCCGGUGGUGACAGUUCAUCAAGACUGA